AUGUCGAAGGAAGUCAUUAUCCGUGAGGUCUGGGCAUACAAUUUAGAGUAUGAAUUCAAUCUCAUCCGUCGAGCUAUUCUCAUCCGUCGAGCUAUCCAUCAAAAUCAUUUUAUCAUCUCAAUGGAUACUGCAUUUCCCGGCGUGAUUCAUUCUUCCAAAAUUGACCAUCGUCGUCUUCAACCCUCUGAUUAUUACCGUUACUUGAAGGCUAACGUUGAUGAUCUUAAAAUCAUCCAAGUUGGUCUCACCCUUUCGGACUCCAAGGGAAACCUUCCUGACUUUGGAAGCAAUAACACUUACAUUUGGGAGUUUAAUUUCAGUGAUUUUGACAUCAAUCAUGAUCUUUGCAAUCAAGAUUCCGUUGAUAUGCUCCGCCGUCAAGGAAUCAACUUUGAGCGCAAUAUUUGUCACGGUGUGGAUUCAAUGCGUUUCGCUGAUUUAAUGUUGUCGUCGAUACUUGUUUUUAAGGAAUCAAUUAUUUGGGUCACGUUUAGCAGUGCAUAUGAUUUCGGAUAUUUGGUGAAAAUUUUGACCCGAAUGAAUUUGCCAAACCGGUUAGAGGAAUUUUUAAACAUCAUAGAAAUAUUGUUUGGAAGAAGUGUUUACGAUAUGAAACACAUGAUGAAGUUCUGCAACUCUUUGUAUGGUGGUCUCGAGCAAGUAGCUAGUAUCCUUAAUGUGAAUCGGGCUGUUGGAAAGUCACAUCAAGCUGCAUCCGAUAGUUUGUUGACGUGGCAUGCAUUCCUCAACAUGAUGAAGACUCAUUUUAAGGAUGAUGAAGGUCGCAAGCAUGCCGGAGUGCUGUUUGGAUUACAAAUUGCAGCUUAA